AUGGCGGACUACGACCUCACGAGGACCAUUAUUCCCUACUGUGACCGUCACCUCGUCUUUCCUCUCCUUGCCCAUCUCGUUGAAAAUGAGGUCUUCCCCGUCAAGCAGGUGCAGGGUGCACAAUAUGAGCUCGCAAAGGAGACCAACAUGGUCGAUUAUGCUGUGAGCUUGUUACAGCAGAUCCAUCCAGAUGAGGAGGUCCCAGAAGAAUUCGCGGGCAAGCGCGAAAACGCCGUCUCGACCAACGAACGCUUGCAACAAGAAGCUCAAGCCGUCUUGAAUGUCAUCGAAAACCCUGAGGUCGCUCAGGCGCUGCGUCAGGACAAGAAUCAGAACUUGCAAUAUCUGAAGGAUCACUACGGCGUUACGCUGGAGCAAAUCAACGCUCUUUAUAACUAUGGUCAGUUCCAGUACACCUACGGUAACUACAGCGGUGCAGCAGACUACCUGUACCACUUCCGCGUCCUCUCUACCGACCCCGAUCUUACCAUCUCCGCUCACUGGGGCAAGCUUGCCUCGGAUAUCCUCACUGGAAAAUGGGAUGUCGCUCUCGAGGAGCUCAAUACCCUCCGCGAGACCAUCGACUCACGCGCACCUUCUGUCCCUGCUUUCGCCUCUGCGCCCUCCUCAUCCACGACCGAUCCUGCACUCGCACAGCUCCAUUCGCGUACCUGGCUCCUGCACUGGUCGCUCUUCGUCUACUUCAACCAUCCUCAGGGUCGUACCUUGCUCCUCGAGACAUUCCUCUCCCCAACAUAUCUCAACACCAUCCAGACGUCCUGCCCGUGGGUUCUGCGCUACCUCGCGGCCGCCGCGGUGCUCUCGCGCAAGUCUGCGUCUGGCGCGCUCUCAGCGCGUGUGCGGCACUCUAUCCGCGAGAUUGUUAAGGUCAUCCAAAUGGAGGAGUAUCAGUACCGCGACCCUAUCACCGCGUUCUUGAAGGAGCUCUAUGUUGAAUUUGACUUCGAGGCGGCACAGCGCGAGCUUGGAUUAGCAGAGGGCGUAGUUGCAAAUGACUUUUUCUUGGGCGAGUUCCGUGAGGAGUUCAUGGACAACGCACGCUACCUGAUCAGCGAGGCGUACUGCCGCAUCCACCAAAGGAUUGACAUUAGCGACCUCUCUGAGAGAUUGAACCUGUCAAAGGAUGAGGGCGAGAAGUGGAUCGUGAACCUGAUCCGGGAAACCCGCAUGGGCGCGGAUGCAAAAAUCGACCUCGAAAAGAAUGUUAUCGAGAUCAACCGACCGGCACUCCCAGUGUACCAAACUGUUAUCGAGAAAACGCGCGGACUUGCAUUCCGCACGCAAGCUCUUGGCGCAGCGAUGUCGCGGACACCGCAGGCGCAGCCGUUAGGUGUCCAAGAGGAGGGGCAACCUGCGCUUGUAGAGGGCGCGCGGUGA